CCGUCCGGCGCACUUGACAGCGAUCAGUCGACGCGCGAGCAUCCCGCGAGUACGUUGUAGACGUAUCGAGGAAAGAAGGCAGAAAUACGUAGUAGAGAAAGAGAGAGAGGCAGCUGUUCCGUGUAAUAACUCGGCAAAUAAUACUCGCAGACGUCACGCGAACGUCGCGUUCAGUGAUUCACGAAGAAAAAGUUCGCACACAGUGAGAGUGACGAAAAUGGUGUCCGGCGGUAUGACUUGCGUGAAAUAUCUGCUGUUCCUCUUCAACCUGAUAUUCGCGAUCACCGGUAUCGUAUUUAUCUCGGUGGGCGCGGUGAUUCUGGUUGUCUAUAAAGGGUACAACAACUUUGUGGAUAGUUGGUUCUUUGCAGCGCCAGUCUUAAUGAUAAUAGUCGGUGUCAUAGUCUUCCUUGUAUCAUUCUUUGGAUGCUGCGGUGCCGUGAAGGAAAAUCAUUGCAUGAUAAUAACGUUCUCAGUUUUGCUGCUAUUGAUAUUUGCCCUGGAAUUGGGCGCUGGAAUCACAGGUUACAUGAUGAGAGGAGAAGUCGCUAAUAUGUUAGAAAAUCGUCUGAAUGGUACUAUGCGACAGUAUAAAGAUAAUGAUGAUAUUCGUCGAUCGUGGGACAUCAUGCAGCACGAUUUACAAUGUUGUGGCAUGAAUGGUCCUGUGGAUUGGUCCCGUAUUGGUUUCGAAGGCAGUAACGUUCCAGAGUCUUGCUGCAAAGAAAUCUCUUCUCAGAGCAAUUCAUGCGAUGCAAAUUCGAUUCAAGUCAAUGGCGAUGGCUGCAUGUGGAAACUACAAUCUGCUAUAGAAAAUAAUGCUAUGAUUCUGGGAGGAGUGGGCAUAGGCAUAGCCCUCAUACAAUUGAUUGGAGUAAUCUUUGCGUGCUGUUUGGCUCGCUCAAUCCGCCGCGAGUAUGAGACUGUCGAAACCACAGCACACUGAUCUGCCAUCAAUUAGGAGGCAUUUUCAUAAUAUUGUUCAUCAUACAUUGGUUGAUAUUUGUAGAUUCAUUACGACCGUAAUCAUUCUUAUUGUGCUUACAAAUAAAUAAAUAAAUAAAUAUAUAUAUAUAUAUAUAUAUAUAUAUAUUUAUAUUUAUAUAUAUAUAUAUAUAUCCAAAGAGGAAUGAUGUCAGAAGUAUUUAGUGUACAGUGAUAAAUUAACGAUGCCGAUAACGUAUGUAAUGCACGUGAAAUUACAUAUACAUACUUUUGUAAAGAGAAUGCAAAUUGGCAUCUCGACAUUUGCUUGCUUCUUAUAAAAAAAAGGGAAAAGUGCUAUACCUUGGAUAUUAACAUUUUCCUAUUUAAUAUCAAAUUACUGCCAAUAUCUGCCAAAAAAUAUACAUCACACGCCAUAUAAGAAGCAACAAAAAGAGAAAAAAGAAAAGUAAUCGAAAAUGUAUACAAUCCCGCUUACAGAGAUUAUAUCGAUAGAACGUUGAUCAAUUUUUGGCACAUGUACAACGAGGUGCCUAUUAAAUAAUGUGCCAUGAUAUCUGACAAAUCUAUUUUUUCAUGUGAUAUGUUUAUACAUGAAGUUUGUAAUCUUUUGCGCAUUAUAUACGAUUUGUAUCAUUAUAGAAGAUAGAGCAUUCAAUGCAGCCAUCAUUCCUCUUAAUUUUUUGUCAGACUUAUUAAAAAAAGCUAAAAAGAUAAUGAGCUCUAUUUCUGCAUCAUCUUCCUCAGAGUGCAGAAUAGACAACUUCUGUAGCAAUUAAUUGCAAAUAAAAACUUGUGUUCUGAUAAUUUAAUACUCCCAUAAAAUAGGGUAGAUUAUGCGCGCAAGUCUUUGCAUUUGUUUUACACGCCUCAUCGACGAAAAAAAAAAAAAAAUACAGUCUCAUAUUUAUAAUAUAUACGAUGUUGUGGUAAUAUUAAUAUAAAUUUAUAUAAUUUUCUGUGUUUUACGAACAAAAAAGUGUACUCUUAUUCGUAAUCGACGGUGCCCCGUGAAAUAUAUAUAUAUAUAUGUAUAUAUAUAUGUAUAUAUACAUAUAUGCAUGUAUAUAGUAUUAUUUUGUAAUAUCGGAUGUACACAAAAAUUUUGUACAUUAUAUACCAAUGAUGUAACAAAAUUAGCGUAUUUUAACAUUUAGCUCAAUUUGAAAGAAAUAUUGAAUGGAAGCUAUAGCUCUAGCUUUACUCUGUCAAUAAUUUAGCUUGCAAUAUCAGUGAACUCUGAUAUUGAUAUCUACUUAAUUAUAUUACAUGCUCUUGACAGUCUAUUGCCAAAAAAUAUUUUUGUGCAUAUUUAAUAUAUAAUAAUUUCAUUCGUAUUUGGGACCAAAAAAAUCAAGAUUAUUUAAUAACAAGUUAUUUCGAUAAAGAAAUAACGGAUUGAGAAUUAUUAUGACACAUCAGAAUUAUGAUAAAAAUUUUCUUAAACUCUAUAUGUAAUCAUAUUAUUCUUUUUCCCAAUAUUAAGAGAGUUUUUAAUAAUAUUGGAAAAGGAAUUAAAUGUGAAAAUAAAGCUAUUAUAUAUAUAUAUAUAUAUAUAUAAUACAUUAAUAUUUAUUCAUUUGCUUCCAUUUGAAGGAAAAGCGUUUUUUAAAAUGUGAUUUAUUAAGAUUGAAACAUAAUUGGGUGCCAUUAAAUAAUAUUAUGUAUGUUUAAAUACAUAAGAAAAAAUAUAUGAUAUUCUUUUUAGAUUUAUGUAUGUAUAACAAAUGAAAGAAAAAAAUUAGAAAUUUCACUGCGUCUUGUCGAUUUCACGAAUUCAAGUACCACGAUUCAAAUUGAAUUAUGUAAGUUUCUGUAGUCUUGUGUAUACAAUGCAUGAAAAAUUUUAACAUUCCUUUGGACAUAUAUAUUAAAUAUUAUUAAAACAUAUAUGUCUAACAAAAUAAAAAACAUUAAUUAUCACAAAGAAUUUAUAUGUAUAAGAACAGAAUAUAUUGAUAUAUAUUUACUCUAUUUUACAAUAAUGUUGUGAGAUAAUUUAUAAAUUUACCAUUGGCACACAUACACACACACACACAUAUAUACGAUGGCAAAUGCACAAGAUCUCAGAAUUAGUUAUGAACGUCCGUAGGAUAAACAUAUAGUUGCAGAAACAUAUAAAAAUAAUAGCUAUGAGAUAUUAAAGUGUGCCUAACAUAGUAACGUUUAUGUUAUAAUAAGUUGAUAAAGAUUAGCGAGAGAAGACAUUUCAAUGAUAUAUUAUCUACAAAUCAUGCGCAAUACAAACUCGAAACUAGCACUUAACCAAAGUUUGCUCCUUUUGAUUGUAUAAAAUCAUCCGUUUGUGUCAAAAACUUUAUUAAAAAUUUUAGACUUUCUGUAUGUAUUAAUUACCAGGCAACGCAAAAGACUGAUGAUGAUUAUUGUAAUCAGUAUUAACUAACAUUGGUAUUUUGCAUUAUAUAUAUAUAUAUAUAUGUACACACACACACACACACAUACACAAUACACAGAUGACUUUGUACUAAAUUUUAUAUUUUGGUUGCUUAUAUUAUUUUUUCUAUAAACAUAAAUUAUUAGUCACAAUAUCAUUAAAGUGAUAUAAACGUAAUUUUGUUAUUACAAUAAAACUAAUUUAUGGUAUUUUAGGAGCCAACAUGUCCUUAGCACAUAUUCAUCUAUAGCUUUCAUGUAUACUAAUAAAUUUAAUGACACCA